AUGAGUUUGCAGCCGGAAGAACUGCAAGAUGUCAUGAAUUACUUGUGUCUCGCUGCAACUGCCUCCAUCACUGGAGCCGUCAUUUCGAUCGGUUGCACUGCUGGACAUCGGGAAAACUUCAGAAACCGAGGAUCAAAAUCGAAGAGAUCAAAGAGGCCCAAACGAUCGAAAAGUUCCAGAAAUCGGAGUGAUAAGGGAAAGAAAUCGAGUUCAAGACGCAAGAAAAAGUUGAGAAAAGUGAAAAGUGAGAAAAGUAAAAAGAGCCAAAAACGAAGUAAGAAACAUAAAAAGAAGAAGAGGGGAAGUAAGAGUAAAAGUAACAGUUCGAAGAGCAAGAAAAGUCGGAAAGAAGCCUCUGAAAAGAGGAACUCGAAAAGAGGAAGUUCUCGAGGUCAGAAACCAAUUGAUAAGGAUCGCAGGGAUGAUGAUAGAGGUAGCUCUCGGAGCAAAAGAGAUAGUAAACGCAGUCAGAAGUCGAUGGCUCUUGAGAAGAAUCGAAGUUCAAAAAGCAAUCGAGAUUUGAGCAAAAAGAAAAGUUCCAGAAAUAAACGGGAUAGAAACAGUUCUAGAAGUGGAAAAGGAAGUUCUCGUGAUAAGAAAAUGAGCAAUUGUGGAAGUGAAAAGAGUCGUCAUGGCAGCAAACGAGGGGACAGUUCUGGAAAAAACGGAAAGGAUUUGAGUAAAAACAAGAGCUCUCAUAGUCUUCGAGAGGACAGAAAAAGUUCUCGAAGUGGAAAGGGGAGUUCUCGUGAAGAAAAUGGAAGAAACGGAAAGGAUCAUCGAGACAAUUCUCGCAGUGAGAAGGGUCGCUCUAGAGAAAGUAAGGGAGCUCUUGUUCCUGUUCCUUUGGAUAGAAAGAAAUCCAGAAGUAGAAGAGAGGAGAAUGACAGAGAUCGAGGGGAAAGGAAGAGCUCUAAAAGCAACAGAGAAAAAGGUUCUAGACGCAAGAGAUCGACAGAUGGAUCACAGAAAUCAGCAAGAGGUGUCAUUCCGUUGGAAAAGAAGCCGAGUUCCAAAAGUAACAGAUCGAAAAAAGACAGAGAUGGAGACAACAGAGAACCUUCUAGAAAGAAAAGUUCCAGGGAUAAUGCAAAAGAAGAACGAUCCAGAAGUAAAAGAUCAACUGUGGCACCAAUGGAUGGAGGUGGUUUGGAGCGAAAGAAGAGUUCUCGCAGCAAUAAAUAUGAUGAGAUUGAUGAAAAAGGAGCCCCAUUGAGUAAAAAAAAGAGUUCUAGAAAAGAAGGAGAGGGAAGUAGAAAGUAUGAAAAAAAUAUGAAUGAAGAGCUGGAUAGAAAAAAGAGUAGCCGUGAUAAUAAAGUGAGCAAUCGUGGAAGUGAGAAGAGUCUUCAUGGGAGCAAACGAGAGGAAAGUGACAAAAGGAGAUCCAGCGAACGAAAAAGUGCUAGAUCUAAUCAGGUCGAACGGAAAUCCGGCAGUAGAAAUGUGGAGAAGACUGAACGUGGAAUGAGCAAGUUGAGAGCGGAUGCCUUGAGACGGAUGGAACCGAAACCCCUGGUGGUAAGUGAUCAUGGAUUUCAGAAUAAAUCUACAAAGUUUCAGUCCCCUAAUGCCAAUUCUGAUCGAUUCAAUUGCAAUGAAGAAGGGUGCCGAAAGAGACAAUGCUCGAAAGAUGCUCGUCAUUCACAACAAGCCAGAAGAUCAGCGUCGCAGAGAUCUUUGAGAACAGCCAGAGAGAAACGAAUGACAGACGGAGUAGGAAAAUCUGAUGAAGAAGUGAAGAAAGCUCCUUCUCAAAAGUCAAUAAAAAUCGAGGAUGAAACUAGGGCACCUCCUCAAAUUUCAUCGGAAGCUCCGAUGAGAUCUGUGUAUCUUGACACUGGAAAAUCGAGCUAUGGAGAACUUUCGAAACCAUCCAUGCAGCCUGAUCAAAAAUCUGUGUACUAUCCAUCUUCCAAUGAUGCUCCAGUGGAGAAAAAGAAGUCGAAGAAAUCGAUUAAACAAACGAAAAUCGAACAGCAGCCAAGUGUUAGAAAAUCUGUGUCAAAACAAGAAAUAAAGUCUUCGAGACCGUCGAAAACUGCAUCGAAACGAAAUGUUCAAAAUGAUUCGAAACGUCGUCCACCUACGAAAACUGCGUCGAAAAAAGAUGUGGAUAGUUCGAGACCGAAAUCAAAAGCAGUUCAAUCCAGCAGAGCUCCCAAGGGAAGCGAUCACUCACACAGGACAAAGAAACAUCGGAAAUAG